AUGAUUUAUCUAUGUAAGAUAAUUAUAUUGAUAUUAAUUAUUUUUAACUUUAAUAAUGUAAUAUAUACUGGAAGGAUACCUGAAAAUGUAAAUAAUCAGAUAUUUGAACGUAGAUAUCCUCAAGCUAUUAUUAUCGGAGUUAAAAAAAGUGGUACAAGAGCAUUGUUAGAAUUUUUAAAAAUUAAUAAGAAAAUUAAGGCACCAGGACCAGAAGUACAUUAUUUUGAUAAAAAUUAUAAUAAAGGUCUUGAUUGGUAUAGAUCACAACUACCAGAAGCAAAAAGUGGAGAUAUAAUAAUUGAAAAAAGUCCUGGUUAUUUUGUAAAUCCAUUAUCACCGGAACGUAUCUAUAAUUUAGAUCCAAAAAUGAAAUUAAUUUUAGUUGUUAGAAAUCCAAUAAUUAGAGCCAUUUCUGAUUAUACUCAAGCAAAAAGUAGAAAAAUUAAUACAAUUAAAAAUACAUUUGAAGAAAUGGUUUUAUGUAAUGAAAUUAAUAAAACUAAUUGUAAAAAUGGUAUCAAUUCAUCAUGGGGAGCUAUAAAAAUUGGUGUUUAUCAUAAGUAUCUUUUAAAUUGGCUUAAAUAUUUUCCUUUAGAACAAAUAUUAUUUAUUGAUGGAGAAAAUUUAAUAUCUAAUCCAGUUGAAGAAGUUAAUCGAGCAGAAAAAUUUUUAGGACUUUCUCCAGUUGUAUUAAAAAAAAAUUUUAUCCAUGAUCCUGUCAAAGGUUUUCCUUGUGUUAAAUAUGCAGAUAGUCACGUACAUUGCCUAGGGAAAACAAAAGGUAGGAAACAUCCUAGAGUAAAAAGAGCUGUAACAGAGCAGAUGAAAAAUUUUUAUAAAUUAGAGAAUGAAAAAUUUUUUAACCUUAUUCAGAAGCGUUUUAAUUGGUUAUAG